AAUAAAAUAUCACACACUGUUUCUAAGUGGGAGUUCCUCAUAAGCCAUUGCAGCAGUGGCAGAAUCUUCAGAGCUCAGUACUGUUCCUCUGCAGAAAUCUCUUCUCUUUCCUCCGUAACCACCCACAAGUUCAGAACACAGAGAUCUCUUCUCCACUUAAACAAGUUGUACAUCAAAAUCAACAACAUUCUUCAUCCCAUAUGAUCAAACCAUGUUGGGUCUGAGAGAUAUACUCCUGAUUGCUCCAAACGCUUCUUCUAUGCACCAACAAACCCAACCCAUUUCCUCUGACCACCUUCCUUCCUCCACAGCUCUUGGGGUUGGCCUCGGCAUCUUCCCUCUCCUCACUGCCACCCCAUGCGGGCCAAGCGCUCCCACCGCAGAGGGCAAUCCCGACAAUUCACGUUUCUGGAGCCUGAGGACGUACCCGGAGCUGAACUCUUCCAAGCAAGACAUGCUCAGUUUUGGGAACCACGCCGAAAGUCAACAGGUGGUGAAGUCCGAUGACAGAAAUUUGAACGGAGACGGCGGUGGCGGUGGCGAAGAGAGUGGCUUGAGGGCUUGCAAGGACUGUGGGAACAGAGCAAAGAAAGGUUGUGAGUACACGAGGUGCAGGACUUGUUGCAGAGGCAGGGGAUAUGACUGCUCCACUCACGUGAGGAGCACGUGGGUUCCGGCAGCUAGGCGGCGGGAAAGGCAGAUGGGGGUGACUGUUGCCGUUACCGGUGAUGUUGCCAGUGGUGGUGGCGGUGAAGGUUCUUCUGGGUCUUCUUCGGUUGCCAAAAGACCAAGAUUUAUGAUGUCAUCAAAGAAUGCAAACGCAAAUCUCAGACAGUCAUUACCAGAUCAAGUUCGGGCACCAGCUGUUUUUAAGUGCCAUAGAGUCACUGCCAUUAGCAAUGGUGAAGCUGAGAUUGCUUACCAGGCUACUGUGAAAAUCAGUGGUCAUGUGUUCAAGGGGUUGCUCUAUGAUCGUGGGAUUGAUAAGAAAAAUGAAUACCCAUGUAUUUCACAUUUGCAUUUGGGAAGCGGUAGUAACCAAAGGAAUGGAGACUCUUCAUCUCCACCUGCGCCUCCUUCCAAUGUCUGUAUGGCGUCCACUAGCUGAAGAUUGUUUAGAGAUAGCCAGAUACUAAAUACGAUUAUACUUAUUCAUGCUUGAAAUCCUCAAGAACUAAAUCAUGGAGUCUGCUAUAGUAUGCAGAUCUGGAUGAGCACCUAGAGGCCUGGUUUGGAGCUCUUAACAUAUUGUUGGUUCUGUUAUCUUUUUAUGUAACUGAACACCAUCUUGAAUUAAUUAUCAAACUAGGAUAUGAGUCAGAAUAGAUGUAAGAAUGUGAAUAUGUAGCCAUCUAUGAAAAUAUAUUCUUCCCUCAAUCUGUCCAACUCUUAC